CUUCGUUCAUCCAAAUCACAGGGUUCAAGCAGGAACUUUACAACCUUCUUUUUUUCGUCACACGUAUAGUCUUCUCCUCCAGGGACGUUAUAAAGAACCCCCUCUCUCUGUUAUACAACCUAUAAAAUAAACCACAUCUCUCAUCCAUCGCAUCAUCGGUGACAUCAUCCCGACAUUCCAUUUUACAGAGAGCCACCAAGUCUUGUCAGCAACACGAUUGCUUUUUACCUGGUGGAUUCAGUCUAUUCCUCGAUCGUCCAGUAUGAGUAACAACAACAAUAAUAACGCACCAACCAACAACACAACAGGCUCAACUACAGGCAGUAUAACAACUACGAGCGAUGCUGGAGCCGGCAUUGGUGGUGUAAACACUUCUCCUUUAUCUAACACUGAGGAGCACGUUGCACACGGGAACUCCUUUGCCAUUGUCGAUUCGGCUCAGCGCAUCAAGUCUGAACUCACUUGGUAUCAGCUCGUCCAUGCGGAAAUUAUAGCGGUUACUAGCGCUAUGCGCAAGAAUGCCCGCUGGUCUGGUAUGAAUGUGAAUGGAUUGAAUAUGGGUGGUCUCGGAAUGAGUAUGGGAUUACGCAAAGGUCAGGCAAAUGCAAAAGAGCCUCAUACGCGGAAUCAGGAAAACCCAUUAAUGAAAGGAUUCACCAACUUGAGAGAAUACCUGGGAACUUUGGAAGAUGUUAGCGAGUUGGAUGCCCUGGUGUUAUUGAAUCCAUUCCUUGAAGUUAUCCGAUCUGGAAAUACCACGGGUCCUAUUGCAGGAACUGCUUUAGGCAGCAUUGAAAAAUUUCUGCAUUAUGGGAUUGUCGGUCUACAAAAUCCAAGCGUUGCAUUUGCCAUGAACGCACUAUCUUCAGCAGCAACGCACUGUAAAUUCGAAGCUUCAGAUGCAGCAUCAGACGAAUUAGUACUACUGAGAAUGUUACAAGUUCUACAAAUGGCGUUGACGAGCGAGUGUGGACAAGUUCUUAGUGAUGAGGCUGUGUGCGAAAUGAUGGAGACAGGCUUGAGCAUGUGCUGCCAGAUGCGUUUGAGCGAAAUGCUACGACGAUCUGCAGAGCACGUGAUGAUAAAUAUGGUUAUAUCCAUUUUUGAAAGAUUGAAAACGCUAGAGGAGGAAUGGGUAUAUAUUGAAUCGCCAAAGGAGACGACGACCCACACAACAGUAGCAGCAGCAGCAACAGUGGAAAAGGAGGGUCAGAAGAAUAGUCAUUCUCCGGCUGCACCUCACAUGAGCACACCACGUACAUCACCGUCACCAACACCGUCAGGUGCAAAACAGCAACAGACUGAACCAUCAGAAUCGCAGGAUGGCGAGGCAGCAGAUGGCGUCACGACUGAGUUUGGUGUGGUAGAGCGUGACAGCACCGGGGAUACGAAUGAUGCGGCAGCAGCGAAAUCUACUGGCUCGACAGAUCAGCAAAGUCAAAGUGAUGACCAGGUUGUUGAGAAGGGGGCAGAAAAUACCGAAAGCACAGGACCAGCGCCACUGAAACCAUAUGGUCUGCCAGCGAUUCGGGAGCUUCUCCGCGUAUUGAUUUCACUUCUCAAUCCACACGAACACAAACACACUGAUUCAAUGCGACUGAUGGCUUUAAGUAUCCUGAAUGUCGCUUUCGAAGUUGGAGGAAAAAGUAUCAGCCGAUUCGAAACGCUGCGGAUCCUUGUUGCGGACGAGUUUUGCAAAUAUUUAUUCCAGCUUGCCAAGACCGACACAACUCCAUUACUUACAUUGACGCUACGUGUUAUUUCGACAGUAAUUGACACGAUGCGGCCUCACUUGAAGCUUCAGCAAGAACUAUUCUUAUUCUUCUUGAUUGAACGCCUAUCUCCAAGCAGCGGUGCAGGGAGUCGAGGUAUGGUGAUUGAUGUGGACGAGGAAGGCACGAUUUCACUGGUCCCAUCAUCGACGAGUAAAGAUACAGCUGCAAGUGGAGAGAAAGCAGCCGCCGCAAAAAGUCAUGUUGACGUUCGCAGUGGGUCACCCAGUGUCUAUGCCAGAUCAGGUAAAAACAAUGGAUCUGAGUAUGCCAUGGUAUCGCCUGAAGUGCGAGAGCUGCUGCUGGAAUGUCUGUUACAGUGUGCAAGGAUACCCACGUUCAUGGUUGACCUUUGGUUCAACUAUGAUUGCGACCUGUCAUGUGGCGAUUUAUUCGAGGAAAUUAUUCAGUUUUUGAGCAAGAACUCGUUCCCUGAUCCUCAAGGAUUUUCUGGCUUUGAUUCACAUACUCUUUGCCUCGAUACAUUACUUAUGUUUAUCGACCAAUUGGUCGAACGAAUUGACCAUGGCACAGAGCUUAGCAACGAUCUGACAUCAUCAGAUGUACUUUUAGAGCUCAAAUCAAGAAAGCGACUAGUGCUCAAGGGUGCCAGUCUGUUCAAUGAAAGUCCAAAGAAGGGUAUCAAAUUCCUCAUAGACAACGGAGUCAUUGAAGCCGACAAAGACGGAGAUACCACAGAAAGUCUGGCAGAAUUCUUGCGAUCAACUCAACAACUCAACAAGAAGAGUCUUGGUGAAUAUCUUGGAAAGCCGGAUAAACUUCCCUUACUACAAGUGUUUAUGCGACAAUUUGAAUUUGCUGGUAAACGUAUGGAUGAAGCUCUUCGCGUGGUUCUCGAAACCUUCCGUCUACCUGGUGAAUCGCAGCAAAUCAUGCGUGUUACCGAUACCUUUGCUGAAGUUUUCUUUGAGUCCAAUCCUACUGAGAUUGCUAAUCCUGAAGCAGCUCAGUUGUUGGCCUACUCGAUUAUUUUGUUGAAUACCGACCAGCAUAAUCCACAGAUCAGACGCCGUAUGACUUUGGAAGAUUAUAUGCGAAACCUGCGAGGUGUUAAUGAUGGCAAGGACUUUCCCAAAGAACAUUUGCAAGAAAUAUAUGAGUGUAUCAAACACGACGAAAUUGUCAUGCCAGAAGAACAUGAGGGACAGCUCGGAUUUAAUUAUGCUUGGAAACAGCUAUUGCAGCGAUCAAAGUCAUCUGGUCCAUUUGUUGUCUGCGAUACUGCAGCAUACGACAAGAAUAUUUUCCAGUUGGCUUGGAAACCAGCUUUGGCUGCUAUCGCCUAUGCAUUCGACACUGCUCAAGACGAUGCCACCUUACAAAAGGCCAUAUCCGGCUUCCAUCAAUGCGCCAUGCUAGCUUCCCACUUUAAGUUAUAUGAAGUAUUCGAUGCUAUCGUCGUCAACUUGGCGAACAUGACUGGCUUGCUGGAAGAAAGUAAUUCACGCAACAUGGUUCCUGAUCCGAUUGUGGACGUUGCCGGUCAGAAAUAUGUUGUAAGCCAUUUGGCCGUACGAUUUGGUAGAAACUACAAAGGACAAUUGGCUGCUGUUGUAGCAUUUGCUGUUGUCACGCGACAUGGCAACUCGAUGCGAAAAGGAUGGGGAAAGAUCCUCGAGAUCAUUCGCAACCUAUUUAUCAACUCACUGUUGCCUGGCUCUAUGCUCCAAGUGGAAGAUUUCUUGUCCGGAACCACAAGUAUUCCGUUGAAACCUAAAACGCCCCCACCUUCCAAACAACAAAAUCGUCGAGACGGAUCGCUGUUAUCAACACUGUCGUCCUACCUAUUAUCACCCUAUUCUAAUGAUGAAGGAUAUAGAGCAGAUCCAACAGAAGAUGAAAUCGAAAGCACAAUGUGUGCAGUAGAUUGUGUAACGGCAUGCAAGCUUGAAGAACUCUUUUCAGAUAUGAGCUCAUUAGAUCUGGACCCGCUCAAGUCUCUCUUGACAUCAAUGCAAGAAGUUGGAUACGACUUCAAAGCCAUUGAAGAAACAAAGGGAAGUAUUCCCUACAACCCAGUAACGGUCCUGUUUCUCGAAUUCAUGGUGACCGUUGCAGUGCGAAAUCAAGAACGGAUAGAAAUAGUUUGGCCAUAUGCAGUAGAUUACAUAUUCGGUGUACUUAAGCAUGCAGACAAACAGAGUGUCUUGGUCGUCGAACGAACAGUGGUUGCCUUGUUACGACUAUGCAUUUGUUUCUCAGGGAAAGAACACAUGCAAGAAGACAUUCUCAAGUGCCUCAAGGUCCUGCGAGAUUUCCCACCAGCAGUAACCCUUGCUGUAGCCGAGCAAAUGAUGGCUGGUAUAUACAGUCUUUCGAACGCCAACUCGGAGAACCUAAAUAAUUUGGAAUUUGUAGAUACAAUUUUGGAAAUCAAGCAGAAAGUUGCUAGUGCAAUGUGAUGUGAUAGAUCGAUUUCCUAAAGCCCUGCCUUCUUCCCUCUAUAAGACAUUCUUAUCAUCUCCCCUUCCUCCUCUCUUUCUUUUACCCUGUCCUUCCACAGAACAAAGCUUUCUACCGAUUUACAUACAUCCAUUUACACAACAAGAAAAUUUCAUUUUUAUAUAUCAUAAUAUAAAUAUAUACAUUACACACACCCUUCCUACUUGUUAUUAUAUCAAUAAUGGCUUAUAUUCU